CUCUCUCUUUCUUUCUUCUCUCCCCCCCCUUUCGUUCCUCUUUUUCUUAAUACUAUACCACACAACACACGUCUAAUAAUAAUAACAACAACAACAAUAACAACAACAAUAAUUACAGCAGCACUUGCAAUAUUUCUGUUGUCAUGAAGUGGCAGCCGCUACCCAAGAUCGCUCAUGGCAUUGCUGUAUACCCAUUUACUCCGUCGACAGUACAGCAAUCUUCUUCGGGCGCUUUCUUGUCGACUUCACGCCCCACCACGGCCUACUCCACCAUUCACUCACCGCUGCUUUCGCCAAAUAAUAUAGACGCUGCGUCUAUAUUCACGACCACAUCGUCAUCAUCCGCGCCGGAGAACAAUGCACCUGUGAAUCCUGCAGAUUAUGCCAGCCUAAUUCCGCUCGAGGUCGGGGAUGAGCUGUUCAUCUUGGAGCAGCAGGGCAACUGGUACAGGGGAUACGUGCUUUCAUCCUUGGAAGAGGGCAAAAAGCCAAACACGGCACCUAUUGGCUGCUUUCCUCGAACGCAUGUGCAGAUCAAGGAAUAUCUCGACCUGGAUCCAGGCGAGUCGCUGCGUCGCACAGACUCGCUCAUUGAUGACAGGCCCAUGUCUCCAACAGCGCCCUGGAUGGCCCAAACGCCGUCUACUGAGGCUCCCAACUUGUCUCGUUCGUUAUCCGAGUCGCACAUCCAAGGCCCACAGCAUCGGAAACUGUCGUCCUAUUUCGAUCACCAUCCUCACCAUCCACUUCCUCCACCAUUGCCGUCGUCGAAUCGACCGGAAAGUGCUGUGAUGGAACUGGCGCGUUUCCCAUUACAUGAAGAUGACGAGGAUGAUCACACAGCAGAUGACCAGCACCGUCCGGUUCCGUCCUUGUUGCUGGCACGAUUCGAUCAGUCGACCAUCACGGGCAGUUCAGAACCGCUCGUUGACGAAAUUGGCGCGUGCGUCAGCGAGUGGAAUUGCUUGUUGUACAAGUACCUCGAGGAACGACGGUACGGAGCUUUCAAUUCGGUGCGGUAUCACAUCAAUUAUCUAUUUCAAGCGCGGCGACAACUGCUGGAUCAGGCGCUGUCAAAAGAAGAAUUGUCACGGUUGAGAAAAGAAAUCAUUCAUCGGAUGGUGAUGCUCAACAUUUCACAGAUGCGUGAGAUGAUUAUUCGGCACCCAGAGCGUGGUUAUAUAUUGGAUGCCAACAGCACUUCGCUGGCCGUGCUGCUGCAAAAGCAUUGGAAGUAUGCAUUGAUGGAACAUGUUCCUCUCACUACCUCGUUUACGUCGUCGUCAGCCGCGUCGAUUGCACGGCCAUUCAUUGCGUCUUCGACGAAAUCUACAACACCAUCAUCAGGUGUUGAUUCGGCGACACCACAGCAGCAGCAGCAACAGCAGCAACAACAACAAUCACAAACAUCGACCUCACAGCAACAGCAACAACCUAAGGGCGCGAAAUUUCACCACUUGUUUUUCGAGUUAAAGGCGUUUGUGGCUCAAAUAUGUCAGCCAGGCGAGUUCACUGAACUGUAUUUUUCGCUUUACAACAAACUCGGAGGCGGAUUUGUCACUGAACAGUUUUCAGUAACGCUGACAUAUCAGGGAAUGCCGACGGAUGAGAGACAGAUUGGCAAGCUCCAGACAUUGUUUUCAGAUCUAUCAGCGCAUGAUCUGAACGACGGCUUGUAUUUGGUGUGUCGUGUUGUUAGACUGGGGAGCAUGAAAUAUUCGGACAAGGAGAAGGAUCAUCUGGGAUCGAUCGGGAGCCACGCAUCCAUGCUGUUUGGUAGUGCAGAUGCGCAGCGCGUAGCCAACUAUAUUGAUUCAGCGGCAGCAAGCACUGGCAGUAGUAGCAACAACAACAACAACAACAACAACAAAAGGCAUCAUCAGCGACAGUCCAGUGACAACCUGUGCCGACGUCCGUUUGGAUGUGCUGUGCUUCAUUUGGCACCUUUGCUACAAAAGUCGGAUCAAUCGCCUGCAGGUUCGGGAACAGAUUUGAUGUCACCAAGCAGCAUACCUUCAACGAAUGGUAGCAACGCUAAUGGCCAUGGCAAUGGCGGGCCGUUCACCCGUAUUGCACCAGCAGAACACGAUAUUCGCAUCUACACAGCCACGUCCGAGUCAACUUUUGCCACGCUUCACGAGGACAUUAUCAACAACAACACCAAAGACUUUGUCAAGAAUGCUCGAGCAGAGAUGGUGUGUGUGUAUCUGCGCAUGUUUUACGGCCAACUCGACGACGUGCUCAAGACGAAUGCUGCUCUGCUUCAGGGAGUGCCACGAACGUCACGCCUUGGAUUUCCCGAUGUGGUGUUUCCCAAUGACGAAAGGAACGAGCUCUACUUGACGCUCAAUGCCGGCGACUUUGUCCAGUUUGCCAGGUCCAAGAAUAUCCAGGUGACGAUCUGCGCCAGAGACAACAUCACCGGUGAUGUGAUUGAGAAUGCGCUAACGGCGGGUGCGGGUGCACCCCAUGUUACCUAUUGGGAGAGCAUGGUGUUUUACCAUGAGCAGCGGCCACGGUGGGGCGAAAUGCUCAAGGUGCAGAUCAAGGACCAGCGGCAGUGGGAGCGGACGCAUCUGUUCUUUACGGUGCGACAUCGCAGCAGCAGUAACAGCACCUACCACCAUCACCACUACAGCAGCUCUCCGACAAGCCCGGGAACAACUGCUUCGCAAGAAGGAAGCGGAUUUGCUGGUGAAAAGAUCGUUGCAAUGGGAUUUCUGCCUCUGUUCCUUCCGCCUCUGCAUCGAUACUUUGUCGCCGACGGUACACACACACUCAACUUGUACAAGUACGACAGACAUCUUGCACAUCCACGUAUCUAUCUCGAUCAUGUACAAUGGUUCUCGCGUUCAUCCGCACCGUUUAACAUGCAGAACCAAGACGUUACGCUGCCACGGAAGCCACAGCAUCAGCACUCGUCGUCAAUUAACAGCCUGAAAGGAUCGCAUCGUACAUUCAGCUCGUCGUCAUUGCACAACAGCAGUAGUAGCAGCAAUUUGUCCGACCAAUCAUCGUGGUCGGAUGCUUCUGCCAUGGCUGCAGCCGCAAAGCUCAGUACCGCCAAGGACACGAUCACAAUGACUACACUGCUGUGCUCAACGCAGUUCACCCAGAAUGAGACGCUAGUGAAACUGUUAAACUGGCGAUCCACGAUCAACGAGAGUGGCGACAAUAGCGAGCUGUUGUCGAUUCUGGAUAAGUUCACGUUCGUUGGCGAGGUGGAGGUGGUCAAGUUUUUGAACGACAUUUUUGAUGCGCUACUGGAUAUUUUGGUGUACAAACACAAGGAUGAAAUGAAGGGCGAGCGGCUUCGAGACGAGGCAUUGGCAGCGAUCAUGUGGGUCCUUGGUAUCGUGCAAGAUCGACGGUUCAGCAACUUCAGGCCCGUAUUGGACGUUUAUGUCGAACAGCGGUUCUCGGUAGACGACCGGAUGGCAGACGGAACAACAAAGCGGUUGCGUGUGACAAAGCAUGAGAUGGUGUACGAUUACAUGCUCAAGGGCAUGCUGCGUCUGUGCACGAACCCAAGCGACCCUAAAAAGGCAAAGCGGCUGAGAAGCAGCAUGAAGGUGUGGGAGUACCUAUUCCGAUUCAUCGUGCGGUCGCGCGGCAUGCAGCAACAGAAAGAAGACGACGGCGAGCGAGGACUGCGCGAUGUCAUGUUCAAAGAAGAGCUACAACAACUGUUACAGCUGAUCAACGACAUGAUGUCGCCUGAACAGCCGAGUGUCAUGAUUGGCACUCAGACAAUGGCGUUGCAGCAUUUUGCAGAAAUCUUGGGAGAGUUGCGCCGCGUGUUUUCGCCACGGCAGCUUGUCGAUAUCACCACCAGCUUUGUGAAUGCGUGCUCUCAUGUAACCGGAAAACUCGUCGGCUACCGUUUAUGCAUGAUUCUGGCGAUCGUCAAGGGUCCUGUUUUCAAUGACCAUACGUGUCGUUUGGGACUAGCCAAGCACGUUUUCAAGUGGAUCACGGUGUGGCUCAACUCGUACAUGUCUGCCGCCAAGAAUGUCAUUUUCUCGCGUAACGUUGAUGGACAAGGGGGCGAGGCAGCGGAUCAUCAACAGAUGCGGUUGCCCAGGGUGCAGUGGCUCGAGUAUCUACGGCUGUCAUUGACGAUCAUGAGCGAGAUCCUGGACAAGGUUCGACGACUUUCAGGCAUGGCUUCGCUUGGAUUGUCCACAUCGUCGAUAUCAUCACCGUCAUUGUCGACAUUGUCACGUCCAAUUUCGAUGGCGACAAGUGGUGAUGAAGAACUGAUAGACGAGUCGCAUACGGAGUUGAUGACGAUUACUGAGCUGGCGUUGCAGCUAGUUCCACAACUGCUCAAUGCGUACAAGGAUCUGCAGCGGCUGACGAUACAGGCGAUCCAUGCAACAGGCAUUGCGACGGAGAACACAGCAGCGACAGCGGCGGAUGUGAUCCCACCUGCACGCAACAGCUCUAGACACUCGCUCAGUGUCCUCCGCGAUCGAUCCAAUUCAACAAGUUUAAAACAUUCGCCGUCGAUGGUGAAGGAUGUGAUGACGGGUAACACAGCAGCCAGUAGUGGGGAAUCCAAGUUUGCGGUCGUACUCCAGGCAUUAGCGACAUCGCCAACUACACCCUUCCCGUCGACAUAUCCGUUCCAUGCAACAUCAAUUAAGAACAAUCCAGCAAUCGCAGCAACGGGCAAUCUGGCGGCUAUGGUGACAACGGGUCUGUUUGAUAUCACGGUGGUCAUCCUUGAGCUGUUCUAUCUGACUCCGCGGCAACAGUGGGUCGAUUAUUUGCAUCACAUGUACGAAAACGAAGGAUCGACGCACGUGGCACUGUUUUUGCGGCAGUUGGUGCAUGCCUGCAUGGCAAUUCUGUUUGGUGACAGCAUGCAAAAGCUCGAAGAAUCCAAUGCCAAGGACGACAGUAUCCAUCACGAACAAGAUGCUACGACCGAAACGCGCAAGCUGCCUGACAGCUGGUUGAACAUGUCGGUGACUGGCCAUCAGAUUGUAUUGAACCAUAUCAUGGCGCCAGCCAUCUGUGUGUUUGAGUUGCCCGACUUUCAUCCCAGUGAAGAGCAGCCGACGAGUGAACAGAUCGAAGACCUGUGGCGUGCGUUUUUCGUCGGCCUCUUGCGGGUCAUGUCGAGCCCUCGACUGGAUAUCGAAGAAUUCUUGCCUCAGACACAGCGGGUCGUGUGGAAAUUGGCCGGUAAUAUGAAGGGCUCGGUGGGUGCCAAGACAUUGCAAUCGUUGUGGAAACUAGCUGGACCAAAGAAAGCGCCACGAACAGUCAAGUCAGCAUCGAUGCUUUCAGCGAUGAUUGGCAACUAUAGCAACAAAACGAACGGCUUAGGUAUCAACAACAAUACAUCGGUCGAUACGAUUGCUGAAGAAGAGCGAUAUAUGUCAGCCGAAGAAGAGAUGUCGAGUACAGAGGACCUGACAAACAGACGUGGAAGCAGCGGAUCCAAGGUGCUUUACGACGAAGAGGAAGCGGCGGAUGCAUACCAGGCCAAGGUGUUGAUCAGUCGUUUGAACGACGAGAAAGAAAAGCAGGAGCAAGCGGAACAUGGCGAGGAAAAAGAAGCAGAACAGCAGCAGCCUGCUGUAUCGCAACUGCAGCUAGCACUAAUUCCAGCCAUCCUGCGACCACUGUGCGGUGUGAGCCUGACCCUGCAUGACAAGGUUCGAUACACGGCCGUUGGCAUCUUGGCGGAUAUCAUUGCCAUCGAGCUGCGCUCCUUUGAAUCCCUGACGCGCGUGCAGAAUCUGCUGAUUAGCACAGUUGAUUUGCUGGUGAUGACCGAGAACAAGGGCGACGAGACAAUCAAGAACAAGCUGAUUCCCGAACUGCUCAGUACAUUAGAGCAGAAGUUGGACGAGCAGAAGCUUGCCCCCGAACUCGUGCAAGGGGGAGUCAAGGUGGUCGAAUCCAUCAGCAAGUUCCUGGGUCUGCUGCUGCAAAUACGUGGUCUUCCGCUGGAGAAUGACGAGUUUGUCGAGGACCGCAUCAGUGCCACGUUGAAGCUGAUGGAGUUUAUCCAAGUCAUCCAGCGCGAAGAUAUCUAUGUCAAGUAUGUGCAUCAGCUGGUCGAGCUGCACGUAAGCAGCAGUAAUUAUGUCGAGGCAGCGUUGACACUGCGUUUCCACGGCGACCUGUUGUCCUGGGAUCCACAAGAAGAACUGCCAGCAAUCCCUGAGCUCAACUUUCCAGCACAAACGGCAUUCAUCCGCAAGGAGAAGCUGUACAAGGACAUGAUCUCGUACUUGGAGAAGGGCAGCGCCUGGGAGCUGUGCAUCGGGUUAUGCAAGGAGCUUGCACACGAGUACGAAUUUACGCUUUAUGACUAUGUGAAACUCAGCGAGAUCCUGCAGCGACAGGCACAAUACGCCCAAGACAUUGUCAAAAAGGAGCGCUAUUUUGCCGAGUAUUUCCGUGUGGCAUUCUAUGGACGUGGCUUUCCUGCCAGUGUGCGGCACCAGCAGUUUAUCUACCGUGGCCUCGAGUGGGAAAAGAUGGCAUCGUUUGUGGAGCGGAUGCAGAAUCAGCAUCCAAAUGCGCAGCUUUUGCCGAGCAAGUAUGCAACACAGUCAACGUUGAGCGACGAGCAGAUACGCGAGGUCGACGAAGAGGUGGAUGCUCAAUAUCUGCAGAUCACUGCCGUCACCGCAGAACCUACGGGCAGUAUCGAGAUCCUCAAUAACCCACUGGUGCCUGAAACGAUCAAAAAGUACUACAUGGCCAACCAAAUCUCGCAUUUUUCGUAUUCGCGACCGUUCGACAAGGGCAACGUGCAACAACUGUCGUCGUCGGAUGCUAGCAAGAAGCCCGAGAUGGACUUUUUGAAUCUGUGGACGAAAAAGACCAUGUUUACGUGCGAAGAGGCGUUCCCGACAACGGCACGGCGGUCCAAGGUGGUUUUCGUCGAGGAUGUUGAGAUUUCGCCGAUUGAAAACGCGGUCUUGGCAAUGGAAAAGAAGAACGAGGAACUGUGCGCACUGGCCAACAAGUACUCGGUGCAUUUGAAGCAGCGCGGGGGUGGUUCCGUCAACAUCAGCCCGUUCUCAAUGGCAUUGAAUGGUGCUGUGGAUGCUCCUGUCAACGGCGGCGUGACCUUGUACAAGAAGGCCUUUUUGACCGAUGGAUACUGGGAAAAGAACCCCGAGAUGCGCCCUUGGGUGCGUCGGUUAAAGACCGCCAUUAAUGACCAGGUCGAGAUUAUCGAGCAAUGUCUAGAAAUCCACCGCAAACUUGUAUCCUCUGAUAUGAAACCAUUCCACGAUACGCUUGUUGACUUCUUCAAAAAGAAUUUCAAGGACGAAAUUGAAUACGUCCAUAGACACAAAGAUACCCAGCAACAAUCUUCACAAGACAGUGAAGUGCAUCCUUUAGACUACCAUCAUCCCAACGAAGAAUCAGCAACAGCAUCCCAUCACGAACAACACCCACAACCGCUUCAGCAGCAGCAACCACAACAACAACCACAACAGCAGCACCAACAUCAGCAUCAUCAUCAUCAACAGCAGCAGCAGCAGCAGCAGCAACAAGGGCCACGCCCUCCAAUCGCAAGGCAAAAUUCCCAACAAAGCACACUGAGCAAUGUAUCCGCCAGUCUCCCCAUGUCGCCAGUCUUUUCAUCUAUGCGCUCACCAACCGAUACACGUCCUCCAAGCAUCAUGAUGGAAUCCAUUGUGGAUGGAGCCGCGCCUUCGCAUCAUGCCCCGCCGAUGGCGUCCCGGGCGGAAAGCAUAUCACGUAGUCUUAAGAUAUCAUUGCGGAAGAAAAAACGACCGCCUCCUACAGCAUAGAUACUUUUGUUUGUUAUAUACUCCCUUUCAUAUUGCUAUUUAUAUAUUACUUUUAAUACAUUUAUCCGACCAAGAUCUUAU